AUUCUAGGCCUUUAUCGAGUCUCUAGGACAUCGAAAGCGCACUGUGGCUUCCCCGAACGUCAUCAAGGAAUCCGAUUCGAGUGUCUGAGGCGCAAGUGAGACAAACUUCCCGUACCAGGUCUCCGGCGAGAACAUGUACGAUUUCGAGAGUGAACCCCCUUAUGAAGAAAUGGAGCGGAUGGCGGAGCAGCUCAUGACUCGUACGAAGCAUCGUCCGACGGUUGGCAUCAUAUGCGGCUCCGGCCUGUCGUCCCUGGCGGAUCUUCUGGGGGACAACGAUAUAAUUCCAUAUUCUGAGAUUCCAAACUUCCCCUGUAGCACAGUCAAGGGCCACAGCGGACAGUUAAUCUUUGGCAAACUGUCGGGACGCUCGGUGGUUUGUAUGAAGGGGCGAAUUCAUCCUUACGAGGGACAUCCGAUGUGGAAGUGCGCGAUGCCCGUCAGACUGAUGAAACUCUGCGGCAUCAAAUACCUCAUAGUGACAAAUGCCGCCGGAGGACUGAAUCCGAGCUUCAAUAAUGGUGAUAUCAUGAUAAUCAAAGACCACAUUAACUUCCCGGGCUUGUCUGGGAACCACCCUCUCCGUGGAGUGAACGAUGAAAGGUGGGGCCCGCGAUUCCCAGCACUGAACGGGGCUUACUGCGUAGAAUUGAGAGAAUUGGUUCGGAAGAUUGCUCUCGAGAAGGGGGCGGGCGACUUCUUGCGCGAAGGAGUCUAUUGUAUGCUCGGAGGACCGAAUUUCGAGACCGUCGCGGAGGUCAGAAUGCUUCAGCUCUUGGGAGGCGACUGCGCCGGAAUGUCCACAUGCCAUGAAGUCAUCGUAGCGAAACACUGUGGUCUCGGAGUGAUCGGACUUUCGCUCAUUUCGAACAAAGCUGUCUCCGAUUACGCAGCUAGAGAGUACGCAAACCACGACGAAGUACUAGCCACCGCGCUGCAGCGAUCCAAACUGCUCGAGAAUAUCGUAUCGGGAGUUGUGGCAGAGCUUACUGGCUGAUCAUAAUAAUUUGAGCGCAUCAUGUAUAUCUCUUUGGCGGGGGGGGGGCAAAUAAAGUCUGC